CUCGGCUCAUCGGCAGAAGGAUGAGUCGGGAAUAUCUCUGCAUUAGACUUGUUGUCAACCUUGUUUUCAGUUUGACGAAUGAAGGAAGCAUAAAACUAGAAAGCAGCACAAAGUUUACUCAUCAGGCGCUGCAGAUGGAUCCUAACAUCACGAGAACAGUAGAGGCGCAUUGCAUUGACCGCUUCUUGAUUACUUUCUUUUUCUUCUUUUUUUUUUCUCGUAUUUCGAGCUCGCAUCAGGGGGCGAAUGACGUCGAGACCCUGAAUGACACAGAGUGAGAUGCGGAAAGAUCGUCAGUUUGCUUACCGGACUAGGCUGGAAGAGGAGGGUGCAGCAAGAAUAUAUAAACGACUGAUGCCACCAGUGUUUGGAAGACGAUCCGAAGACGACAGUAGAAAACAAGCAAUCAAUCCUUUGAAACGAAACACUCCAUCAUUUCAAUCAUCACCAUAACAACGACUUUUCAUCACUCAACAUGAAGUUCUUCACCUCCUUCGUUGCCGUUGGCCUCUUUGCCGGCUUGUCUCUUGCCCAGGACAGUGUGCAGACUGCUCACGUCACUCUCCGUUCGGAGGGCGAUGACCACUCUUACCCUCUCACUGUUCCGGCCGAUGGCAAGCCCGUCUUGACAUACAGCACCCUCCCGAUCGUGGUGAUUGACGCCCCCGACUUCAACGUUCUCCAGGCCUGUGUGAUUGAGACUCCCGGCCCGAAGAACCUGAGCAGCACCAUUGCGUCCGAUGGUGUGACACAGCAGGUCGUGAUUGAUCCCCCGCAGGCGGUCACCAGCAUUUCUUGCCAGGGAACUUGUGUCGAGACUUAUGGUUCUUGCUUCGGUCCGGACGGUCAGUACGUUGGAGCUUGCUGCAACGGCUUGUGCAUUGCGUCCAAGUGCAAGCCUUGGAACAUUGGCUCGCAGGCAUAAAGAGGCUGAAUUGUGAAAAAAACUGAGACUUGAAUCGCGAUUCUUGAAGGGACUGGUAUCUGCAAUGUGUAUGCGUAUGGACAUGGUUAUAAUGGCGACGACUGGGAUAUCUUUGUUUGAUGUGGCUUUCGCUUGUAUAUGAUUAUAAUGUUAUCAAUGAAAGACUUUUGAAGUUAUUCAUAUACACAGGACCCAGAAG